AUGGUAACGCUUGAACAAGCAAAUCCAAACACAGUCUGUCAGGUGGUUGAAACAGAGUGUUCCACAAAGCUUAAAGAAGACUUCGGAUCUGAUGCUCAUCCACUGGACCCUGACGCUGAACUAGACCCAGACUAUGACCCUGACAUUGACCCCCAGGGCCUGUGUUCAUUUCCCUGUCAGCACUGUCAGAGACGAUUUAAUACCAAACAAGGCUUGGAACGUCAUACGCACAUACAUGCUUCUGCUGUCUGCCAGACGCAGGCGUUCAAAUGUAAGCACUGUGGAAAGGCAUUUAGCACACAGUUUGGUCGUCGCCGUCAUGAAAGAACUCAUGACAACUUAAAGAAAAGGUCAGCUUCUCUCACACUCACAGGUACUACUUGUAUCUCAAGUCAGUCUUUCCCAGGUGAAAGUGAAAAUCCAAACGUGUCUAAUGCUGAGAUGCAGGGAGGACGUCACGUCCUAGAGAACUCUGAUCCUACUAAGCAGUUUGUCUCAACUGAUAAUGAAUGUGUGGCUGAUUUGGAUGAAAACGUGGAGCCUAAGGAUUCCCACGUAUGCAGGUACUGCAAAAAAUCUUUCGGCACUCACACUAACCUGCGUCGACACCAGCGUAGGAUUCAUGAACACCACCUCCUCUCCAAAGGGGUCUACAAGAAGGGUUUGGUUUUACACGAUGCUCAGUCCCAGAAGCAGCAGCCUGUUUCAACCUCACCAGAAUCCUCAACUGUGAGCCCAAAGCCAGUCUGCCCUGAAGAAGAAGGGGAUCAGGAAGAGGAGUACAUGGUCGACAUCUCCAGCAACAUUUCUGAGAAUCUUAGCUUCUACAUCGAUGGAAAGAUUGUCUCAACAAGUGCUGUUAGCAACUGUGAGGUGAUUGAGGUUAACUCGGGUUCUGCUGCUGUGAUUGGACUGGAUGCUGUGAUCAUCAGCCCAGCACAGAUUACUCAGGCUCUCAAAAUUGAGACCUCGACCUGUACUGUGGCUGAGAUCCCAGGUCAACCCUGUGUGAAACGGAGGACUUCUACCCCACCUCUUCUACCGCAAAUUAAAACAGAAUUGGAAUCUGAAUCCAUCUUAGCCACUACGUCUCCUUCCUCUUCUUCUUCUUCUUCUUCUUCUUCACCCACAUCUUCAUCAUUAUCUUCCUCACCCACAGCAUCAGUAGGCACACUUCAGCCUCAGCCCACAGAGAGUGUCGCUUUUCACAAAGAAAAGACAGUCUACCUUUCACCUAAGCUAAAACAACUCUUGCAGAACCAGGAUGGCAAUAAGCCAGUGUUUGCCCUGAUCACAGAUGGUCAAAAGCUGGGUCCACCUUUGUCACUUACUGUUUUACCAGCAGGGUCUGGCAGGUUUAAGAGGAGGACCACAUCACCUCCUAGCUCCCCACAACAGACCCCUGUCCUGAAGGGUGAAAAGCUCACACCAAAUGCUGGUCUCUCUUGUUCUCCAAAGGAGCCAAAGACGGAGAGCCAUUAUAACCCCUCAGUAAUUGGCUCAUCCAGCAAAGAGGAGACAAAUACUAUGAAUCUCUCUCAAAUGGACCCUACUUCCACUCGUGCAGUUUUGCCUUUGGAUUGGUCUGACUCAAGGACUGGUGGUAGCUCCUGCAACCAGCAGCCUUUAGACCUUUCUAAUCCUGUAGGUAAAAGGGACAUGGUUGAGGAUUCAGAGGAAGCUGUUUUGGAUCUGAGCAUGCACAGGAAAAAUACUGUAGAGUCUGAUUCAUCAGGAAACGUACCCUCUCAAAUGGUGGUCAAGAGGAGUAAACCAAGCUCCAGCAUGUUACAGAAAGUAUUGAUGAAUGAGUAUGCCAGCGUAGAUAUUACUGGGGUUGAUACAUCAUGUGCAUUGGGAAGUCUUAGCACACCUGUCGUUACAGACCUUGCAGUGGUUGCAGUUUCUGAUCCACCCCCUGUGAACCCUGAAAAACUUGUUUUUGAAUUGGCUCUCCCCUCUACCUCACUUAAUCCACCACCUCCUUCACUGACUCCAGUCGCCAUGCAUCCUGUGUCACCUUUUGCCUCAAGUCUUGGUUCACCAACUCCACCGCCUCCAGUCUUACCCUCAGCCUCAUCUCCAGUGACCACACCCACACAAGAGUUUCAGCCUGUUUGUUCCACUGCCCAGUCUUCCCUCCCAGUCCUGACUUCGAGAAUAUCAUCAAGUACUGCUGAAGUUUGCACAGAACAAAUAUUACAACCAGUAGAUUGUGGUUUAAAUGUGACUCUCCCAGAUUGGGUUAAUUCUGCCACUGGUGGUUUGGCUCAGGCUAUCAUACCUGCUAACUCUUCUCUUGAACUUCAAAAUUCAGAUACUUCUACGUGUGAAAUAGCGCAGAGCACUCUUGCUGUAGGUUCGGUCAUGGUGUCUGAGGCUCAGCUAUUUCCUCCUGCUCUAACUGUAAAUGAAUCGAAUAUCAGUACCGUGAGUUUUACUCCCAACACAGUUGUUAUAGAGUAUACAGUCUCACUGGAAUCCUCUGAAAAUGUUGUCUCGACUUUACAGGCUAAUGCCAUUGAAUCUCUCUCUGGCAAAAUCUCUCUUAAUCACACGGAGAUGCAAGAACUUCAGCCUUCGUUUCAGUCUCAGUCUCAUGAUCCUGCUAUUAUUGUCACAUCAGCUCCAAAAGUGACUCCUCCCUCAUCUUCCAUUGUCCUCUCAUCAGAGAACCCAACAGAUGGAGAAUCGCCAUCUCAGAGUGUUGCCUCUGAAAUCAAGGAGGAAAUGGAGAGCAAAGAGGAGCCAGCAGAGACAUCUGUAAAUUAUGCUGAUGUUAACACGAAAAACUUGAAUGCUUCACCCAGUGAAAAAACAGCUAUAGAGGAGUCUUCUCUCCUAGAUCCCCACUGCAAACGUUUUAUGUGCAACGUUUGUGACAAGCCGUUUCAGUCAAUGAAAGGGUUAAGCCAUCACAUAAGCGAUCAUGCGGAAGAAUGGCCGUACAAAUGCGAGUUUUGCGUACAGCUCUUUGGGAGUGACACCGAUUUAUUGGAUCACCGCUCUAACUACCAUGGGAUUGGGAAAAUCUAUGUAUGCAGUGCAUGUUCCAAAGAGUUUGCUUUCCUUUGCAACUUAGAGCAGCAUCAGAAGGACCUGCAUCCCGGCCAGAUGUGCUCACACACUGAGGUUGAAAACGGCAAGUUGAGACCUGAAAAUCAUAACAACCCAGCUAAAACUGACCCAUCAAAUCCUUCAGAUAGCUCUAAAACAGAGGCAUCUCAGCCAGUGCACAAAUCAGCUGCUAAAGAGGAUGAUGAUGAUGGUGACUUUGACCACUCCACUGAAGAACUUUACACGACAAUAAAGAUUAUGGCAUCAGAAGGCAUCAAACCAAAAGGCCCCAAUGUUCGACUAGGCAUUAACCAGCACUAUCCUAGUUUUAAACCACCUCCAUUUCCUUAUCACAACAGAACUCCAGUUGGUUCCGUAGCUUCAGCCACCAACUUCACCACUCAUAACAUCCCACAAACGUUCAGCACAGCUAUCCGCUGUACCAAAUGCGGCAAGAGCUUUGACAACAUGCCUGAGCUGCAUAAGCACAUUCUGGCUUGCGCAAAUGCUAGUGACAAAAAACGUUACACUCCCAAAAAGAACCCCAUACCCCUUAGACAGUUUGCAAAAGCACAGAAUGGGGUUCUGUCACCUGCUCGUGCUGUCAACGGUAGGCAGAAUGUAUCUCAGAAGUUGGGACAGCUGAAAAAGUUCAACAUUCAAGAGCCGGCUGGCAAGUUAAAGGUAAAUGCACUUAGCAAGAAGAAAUCCCAGCUUGUAACAAAGGCCAUUUCUCAUAGGAGUAAGUCAUCCACCACAGGAAAGAAAACGUCUGUACAGGAGGAGCAGGACGUUUAUGUGUGUCCUCACUGUAGCAGAGAAUUUAUCUACCAUGCUAGUCUUAAGAAACAUAUGGUAGUCAGCUGUCCUAGGAAGCCGGUCCCCAAAAACACCAAAAAAAGGAAAGGGAGCACACCUCUGGCACAGGAAAACAACGGUAACCUUCGGAGGCGUCUUGCAGACAGAGUAACGAAACCACAAGGUUCAAACCAUGGACAGAAACCGUUAGGGAAGACUAGGACUAGUGAGUCAGGCCCAGCAGAUAAUGCUAAGUUUCCACUUAAAUCUCAAAUAAAUAAAGGGAAAAUAACACCAGACAUGAGGCUGAAGCGACCAGCUAUUCUGUCGACCUCUGCAGCUCACCCCAACAAAAAAAGCAAACCUAUUUUAAAGGGAAACAUCGAGCAAGCAGCCAAACUGAACGUACUUUCUCCAGUAGCCCAGUCUAACUCAGCAGUGAGACAUGGCAUGGGCGUUCUAGGUGGAUUUAAAGAAGAUGCAGAGGUAAAACCACAAGUUCAGCCACCGUCCAAAAAGGAGGAGCGAUUCUCUGUGAGAGUGAGGGAAAGAGUGGGUGGACCUGUUACUCGUAGUUUACAACAAGUUACCGUCAUGAAUGCAGUGGUAAAGCAGGAGGAUGGAUCCAACCAAAGGAUCAGUGAGCCUCUGGUUGAUACAGACCACAAGAAAUUAUGA